AUGCCUUCCGAUCUUCGUCCUUCUUCGCAGCGAACCCGUUCGGAGGGUCGAUCGCGUCAACCGUUGCUUUCCGAGGAGAAUCUAGAAUCGCAGGCUGUCUACAACUCUCCUCCGCCGCCAGCUAGAAGUCGGACGUCCACCUUCCAUGAACGGGACCCCGAGGUUGCCGCAAAGCAAGCGACCAGGACCCGGUAUACGUACGCUGGAUUUUUCCUAUUGCUUAGCUUGAUCAGCUUUGCGGUGCAGACCGAGACGGCUGUGUAUAUUCAGACAAAUUUGCAUUGGAAUAAAGCGUAUUGCAUGCUGUACUUGACCCACGGAUCAUGGUCUCUCCUUUGGCCAACACAGCUACUCAUUCUGAGACUUCAGAAAUGGAAUAUGCCAUGGAACGUGUUCUGGAAACGGCAUGUACAAAUACUCCGGCAAACCGGUCAGAUGGUUGAACACCAGACUCUGCGACUCAAUCCCUACCAGGUCGCCAAGUCCCCAGUCCCGUAUAUGAUCCGAACGACGGCUUUUGUAACUUCCGCACUCACAGUCGCCGGGGGUACUUGGUAUCUAGCGGUGGAUCUAACAACGGCGAGCGAUCUGACCGCGAUCUACAACUGCUCCGCAUUCUUUGCUUAUGCUUUCAGUAUUCCGAUCUUGCGCGAGAAGCUCCGGUGGUCUAAGGUCCUAGCUGUAGCCAUUGCGAUUGCCGGUGUGCUAGUCGUUGCGUACGGUGGGCAGGCUCCUGGGAAACAUGGAAGUAAAGGAGGUGGUGGAACUGGAGGUCCCGACACGCAGCUGCCCGAUCACGAACCGAAGAAUCGAUCGUUGGGUAACCUCAUCAUCGGUCUGGGAAGCGUCCUCUACGGCUUCUAUGAAGUCCUGUACAAAAGGGUUGCCUGUCCUCCUGAUAGCACGAGUCCCGGGCGCGGCAUGAUUUUCGCCAACACCUUCGGUAGCUGCAUUGGAGUCUUCACACUUUGUAUCCUUUGGAUACCCUUACCGAUCCUCCAUAUGACUGGGUUGGAAGAAUUUGAACUGCCUCGAGGCGAGGCUGCUUGGAUGAUGGCUAUCAGCGUUUUGUCAAAUGCAGUAUUCUCCGGCUCUUUCCUUGUCUUGAUCAGCCUGACAUCGCCGGUAUUGUCAUCGGUGGCUGCACUACUCACGAUCUUCAUCGUUGCUAUUAUAGACGAGCUCCUCCCGGAGCCGUUGAAGUCGCCUCUCACUCCGGCUGCUAUCGGAGGCGGUCUUCUGAUCAUUUUCGCAUUCCUUCUGCUUAGUUGGGCUACAUACAAGGAAAUGGGCGAGGAACGUCGACAAAAGUUAGAGCAGUACGAGAUCGCUGAAAGCGACAUAGACGAUUGA